AUAACCUGUCAAGAAUUUUAUUUUUAGAAAUUUGAAAGAAAUUUAAGCACAUAAAUUUUUUGGUUUUGACGUUGAACACUUAAAUUUUUCGAAAAUGCCUACAAUCCGUCGGCGCAGGGGAUCUUAUGGAAGCUUCCUAAAUUCAGAUGAAGAUGAUGGCAGAGAUGACCGUGACGGCUUCAGCUAUGAUUAUCAAGAGGCACAAUUUUUGUCUGACUCUGAGCAAAAGCUGCCAUGGAAAACAAUUUGCUUUAUCAUGUUUUUUCUGAUCGUUGGUGUGAUUUGUUUGACGACAGCGGGACUGAUUUACACAGAAGUUAUAGAUCAAGCAUAUAUGGAUCGUGCAUCACCAUUGCUAAUUUUAGGAUCUCUAAUGAUAAUUCCAGGCGGAUAUUAUAGCUAUAUUUUGUCAUCUAUAUUAAUGAAGCGUGAAGGAUAUUCUUGGGAAGAUGUACCAGAAAUUUAAAAAGUAGAAUAACUUUGGAAGCUAUUUGCUUGACAAAUUAAAAUUAACAACGUAGCUAUAUUAUAUAGUUUGAAAGAUGUAUUUUAAAGAUAGUAAUUACCACUUGCCGGGAAAGCUAUUACUAUCUUUAAAAUAAUUUUAAUUGCUUUUAACUACGCUCAACUGUGUUCAUGUAUUUAUAUAAACUUGGUGAUACUUAAAUCGACUGUACUAGAUUAAAUGCCUUUUUAUCCUGCUAUCAAUAUUUAUAUAUAUAUAUAUACAUAUAUAUAAA